AUGAGCCCCAACGGCCCCAAGGUCGCCGUCUGCGGCGGUGCUAUCAAAUUGGUACGAAGCGACGGCAGCGCCCAGUUGUAUGGAAUGUUGGCAGGCCACAGCGUCUUCGACGUGGACAGUCUCGACUCAUCAGAUGAUCUCGUUGCAAACUCUCGAGAAGAGAACUUAGCACCACGUACGAAAGAGGUCAACGAGGACAAGAGGCCUGCGGGUCAAAGUGACCACGGGCGGCAACUCGGUCAAGUGACGGUGAAGGGCUAUGGUGGAAUUCGAAAUUCGACUCCAGAUUAUGAUUGGGCGUUGUUCGAAUUUAGCAGCGGGCUCAUGGUGCUUCCCAGCAUGUACCUUGGGGGCACGCCCGUCGAUGUGAGUUAUGUCGGCACCAACGUUGGAAGAUUUUCCCGGUAUAUUUCGGACCAGGAAGUCGAAAUCGUCGGAGGCAACGGUUUGUCGAGGCCUGGCUCCUUGUCCAACGUCCCAACUCGAAUCUUGUUGGGUUUAGCGGAGAUUGCAACUCCAGUGUUCACCCUGACGUUGCGUGAAGGCGAAGGUGAGCCUUGA